UCAAUUUGUUUGAUUGGGUUUUUUUCAGAUGAAAGAAAAAGAUGAGAGCUUUUGGGGUUUGGGUCAAGAGUUUGUCUUUACACCUUGAUGUUUUUAAAAAUUUAAUUUUUUUUUCGUGAUUUUGGUUUUGUCUUUGAAUGGCAAAAGCUGAGGAAAUUGGCAAGAAAGAAACCCAGAGAAACAUUCCCAUGCAUCUGGGCAAUCUUCCAAGGGAUCUACUUCAAAGGUUCAUGUCAUCAGGCUACCAUUUUUCUCAUACAACUGGCCAAGAACAAGAAGCAGCAGAAGAAGAAGAGAUUGAGUUAAGCUUGGGACUUUCGUUGAAUGGUCGGUUUGGGGUUGACCCGAGAGCUAAAAAGCUCAAGAGAUCGUCUUCAAUACCAGAUUUCAUUGACAACUCCACGAGAAGAGAGUAUAAUGAGCAUGCUGUGUUCCCGAUGGCUUGUGGUUCACUUCUGAGGACAUGUUCUUUGCCUACGGAGACAGAGGAGGAGUGGAGGAAGAGGAAGGAGUUGCAGAGUUUAAGGAGAAUGGAAGCUAAGAGAAAGAGAUCAGAGAAACAGAAGAAUUUGAGAGGUGUAAGGGAUAGAAGAAGAGGGGGUUUUGGUGGAGAGAAUUGUGAAGAUGAUAAGAGAGAAGAGGGUGGUACCAUAGCGGCUUCAAUUGGAUCCCAAGGAAGUGGUUCCUCUGGGAUAUCUGAACUUGAGAGCCAACCACCUCAAGAAACUCAGAGAUGCCCCAACGCUAGAAGCCCGACUAGUGUGCAAUUGGCCACCGAGACCGAGCAGAAACCAAUUCUAAACCCUGGGAAAACUGUGACUCAAAAAUCCGAAAAGUUAGCCGGAGUUGGGAAUCAGCCUAGUGAAGCAGCAGUGGGUGAAAAGAAGAUGAACAUUGUGGAGGAUAUGCCUUGUGUGUCAACAACAGGUGAUGGCCCCAAUGGGAAGAAAAUAGAAGGCUUUCUUUACAGAUAUAGAAAGGGGGAGGAGGUCAAAAUUGUAUGUGUUUGCCAUGGCAGCUUCCUCUCCCCUGCCGAGUUCGUCAAACAUGCCGGCGGCCGAGAUGCAGAACAUCCGUUAAGGCGUAUAGUUGUUAACCCUUCUUUCAUUUUCUGAUGCAAAUCCGUGAAAGAAGUAAUGCAGA